AUGGCAUCCAUUCAUAAUUUGCAGUUGUCCAGAACGAAAAGAUAUUAUUCGUUUAGCGAUAAUGAAGAAAACAAAAUUUAUGAACAUUUUUUAUCACAAUCAAAUAAUGAUGAUGCUGAUUUAAAUGAAGUUACAAUUGAUCAGAUUGAACGAAAUUAUUCAACGAAUCAAUUACUAUUAUCCAGUGAAACCAAAUUUACUGAUAAUCAAAAAGAUGCUGUUGCUUGUACCGAAGGACCAUUUAGUACUUGUACAUCGUAUAUAUUUGAUUGUGAGCAUGUUAUUUUAAUUGGUGCUGGCAUUGGAAUAACGCCGUAUAUAAGCGCAUUGGAAAGUUUAAUUUAUCGAUUACGAGAGCAACAUUGUAAAUGUUUCCAUUGUGGUUCAACUAAUUAUAAACAAGGAAUAUUAGCAAGUCGAAAAUUGAUAAAAGUUGAUUUUAUUUGGGUUAAUCGUGAUAUUAGAAAUAUUUCAUGGUUUUAUAAUAUUCUCAAUGAUUUCGAACUCGAGCAAGAACCUUAUUUAAAUGCUACAACAAAUAUGCAUACACAAUUACAAACACCAACACAUGUUGGACGACCGCCAUGGAAAUUACUUUUUGCAAAAUUUAAAGUUGAACAUUCAUCAACAAAUAUAUUUUUUACUGGUAAUGAAACAAUGGGCGGUGAAAUAAAAAGCCAUUGUAACGAACACGGUUUUACAUUUCAACAUGAACCAUUUUUUUAA